AUGAAGUUCCUCGCUGGUCUCGCCCUCGUGCUGCCGCUGGCUUCAGCCGCGGCAGUAGUCCCUCUGGAGAAGAAGAUUACCUACGAUGGCUUCAAGGCCUUCCGUAUCUCUACGCACAACGACCCCGCAUCGAUCAAGAGGAAAAUUGCCAACAUUGCUGCGAUCCAAUUCAACCUCGAUAAUAGCGAGCAUCUCGAUGUCGCCAUCCCCGCUGGCGAUAUAUCCAAAUUCGAGGAGCUUGAUCUUGAGACGUCCAUUCUUCAUGAGGACCUCGGCGCUGAUAUCGCCGAGGAGGGCACUUUUGCUCCCUACAAGAGCAGCGGCGAUAGCAGUCUCCAGGCCCUCCCUAGCCUGACGUGGUUCAACUCGUAUCACACUUUCGCCGACCACCAGCAGUUCAUCCGCGACCUGCAAUCCAACUUCCCCAGCAACUCGGAGCUGGUCAACGCUGGUAACUCUUACGGUGGACGCUCCCUGCUCGGUAUUCACUUGUGGGGUAGCGGUGGCAAGGGCUCGAAGCCCGCCAUCUACUGGCACGGUACCGUCCACGCCCGCGAGUGGAUCACCACCAUGGUUGUCGAAUACCUGACCUACCAGCUCAUCGAUGGCUACCAGAAGAACGACGCUGCUGUUAAGGCCCUCCUCGACAAGUACGACUUCUACAUCCUGCCUAUUGUCAACCCUGAUGGCUUUACUUAUACCCAGACCAACGACCGACUUUGGCGCAAGAACCGUCAAGUCAGAUCCGGCAGCACCUGUGUCGGUACCGAUAUCAACCGAAACUGGCCCUUCAACUGGCAAGUCCCCGGCGGCGCCUCCACCAACUACUGCUCCGAGACCUACAAAGGUCAGGCUGCUGGUGACACCACCGAGAUGGUCGCCUUGAAGGCCUACACCGACCGCCUCGCCGCCGGCAACGGUAUAAAGCUCUUCAUCGACUGGCACAGCUACGGCCAGUAUAUCCUCCUGCCUUACGGAUACGACUGCUCCGCCCGGGCCUCCAACCACGCCCGCCAGAUGACCCUCGCCACCAGCACUGCAAACACCAUCGCCCAGGCCUACGGCACCCGCUUCACCUACGGACCUAGCUGCUCUACUCUCUACGCCACCACUGGCAGCGCUCCUGACUAUCUUACUGGCGCUGCUGGUGCAGAGGUGGCGUGGACCAUUGAGCUGAGACCUUCUGGAUCUGCUGGAGGCGGCUUUGUUCUCCCUGCUGCUCAGAUCUUGCCUAGUGCGAUUGAGCAGUGGAAUGGAAUUAAGUAUUUGCUCGCAAACGUAUAG